GUGAAACGGUCACACUGCGCCAUCAGCGAACGCAAAGUAAAAUAUUUACGUGAAAUUGCGAAUAAUUUGUAGCGUAUUGAAGCGAUGUCUGCGCUCUUUCGCCUAACCAGCCGUGCCGUGGCACUGCAGCGCUCAGCAGCGCUCAAUCAGGCAGCAGCGCUACGCCUGUGCCGCAGCAUCAAAACAUCACCCAAGAAGGAUGAAACGGUUGCAGCACCAGCCACCGUUACGACCGAAGACUUUGCUAAUCCCAACCCAAAGAACUGGAUAAGCUACGGCUUCGAUUACAAAAGUGAGGCUGAGGAUCGCAAAGCAACAAAAUCGACAUUCUUCUUUGCAGUCACACUGUGCCUUGUGUGGGGCACAUUUUAUUGGUCCUAUUUACCCGAUACGAAGUUGCGCGACUGGGCUCAACGCGAGGGCUUUUUGGAGCUGCGUCGCCGCGAGGAAGCGGGCGUCGAUUUGAUUAGCCCCAAUUAUGUGGAUCCCGAUAAGAUUGUGCUGCCAUCGGACGAGGAUCUCGGCCAAACGGAAAUUAUUAUUUAAACAAUUAGUGAACUAACCCUUAGUUUGUUUUGUAAGCGAAUGUUAUGUAAUGGAAAAUGCUGUUGGCCACAGCGGAACGCGUUUCAUGUGCGUAAAUAAACGAACAUAUUUCGGCACGAAC